AUGGUUAUCUUAACUGGUUAUCAGGAAGCAGUGAAUAAAUUGGCUAAUGCAGAAGUAGCUUUUGUUGGUCGUUUAACAAGUGUUACUCCAAGUUUAUCAAUAUGUUCAACACCACCUGUAAAUCAUUAUACACUUAAGUUUGAAAAUGAAUUACGACCAUUAAAAGGUUCUAUAGCAACUAUAUAUGAAUUUCAUUAUGAGCAGAAAAUGAGCGAGGAACAAAUAUUAAAUAUUAGCGAUACAUUAGAUAUAACACACAAUAGAAAAGCACCACAACCAGGUCAACUAUAUGUUGCCAUACUUCACGCUGAUAAUAAUACUAUUGAAACAUUAAUAGCUAUUGAGGAACAUGAUGUACCAUUAUUACAAACAUCAACAAAAUAA